AUGAAACUACUUGGUGUCACAUUACCUGAUAAUAAAUAUGUCAAAAUAGCUUUAACGUAUUUCUACGGAAUUGGUCUGAAAACUGCUGAGAAAAUCUGCAGCCAAAUAUCUGUUCACAAGACAUGUCGUCUGAACGAACUCACCGAACCACAACUCAACGAUCUAGCCCUCAUAUUGGCUCGAAUGACAUUAGAAUCAGAAUUGAGAAGAAAGGUUACGGCCAAUAUUCUACAUCAUAGACAGAUCGGGACAUACGUUGGUAAGAGACACGUGAUGGGUUAUCCAGUUAGGGGACAACGGACAAAGACCAAUGCUAGAACUGCAAGGAAGUUGAAUGGAAAAUCAAUUACGCGAGAGUAUUCGAGCUUGGCAUCGUUGCACUCAUCAUUCUCUGCAUCUGAUCAUCUCUUGAAACAACCGGAAGUUGGAUUUUUAACAGGACUGCGUAAUUUUAAUGGAUUGCGUUAUUUUCCGCUUGUAAAGCUUGUAAAUUUGUUUUCACGAACGUUGAAACGGUAA